AACACUUGUCAUAUAGAAAAGCAAGAGAGAAAGAAACACACAUAGCUACCUUUAGAAGGAUUCGUAUUUGUGAAUAAUGCAAACAUCCAUCGCUCUAGCCUCUAAUGCAUGUAAUGUAAAAUUGUGUUGCGUUUUUCUUAGCAAGAUCUCUAUUUCUGUUUAUCUUCCUUGUCCUAUCAAUUUUCAAAGAGAAAGAGAAGAGUGCUUUUGUUUUUUAUUUAUUUUUUCCUUUUUGGGACAUGGAGAUAAAUGAUCAUCGAGAAGAUGAAAGGGAAGGGAAGGUGAAAGAAGCCAUGGCAGUUGACGACGACGAAGAAAAAGAAGAUGACGACGAGAAAGAAGAAGAGGAAGAGGAAGAGGAAGAAGGAACCACAGGUUCGAGUUUGACCAUGGAGAGGGUUGCUGUAGCUAAGGAAUUCAUUGAAAACCAUUACAAGGCUCAUAUGAAACAUAUCCAAGAUCGCAAAGAAAGGCGUUUAGUACUAGAAAAGAAGCUAGCAUCUUCUCAUGUACCAGAAGAGGAACAAAUCAAUCUAUUAAAAGAUUUAGAGCGAAAGGAGACUGAGUAUAUACGAUUAAAAAGAAACAAAAUAUGUGUUGAUGAUUUUGACCUUCUAACAAUUAUUGGCAGAGGAGCCUUUGGCGAGGUAAGACUCUGUCGGGAAAAGAAAUCAGGUCACAUAUACGCCAUGAAAAAGUUGAAGAAGUCUGAAAUGCUUCGUAGGGGACAGGUUGAGCAUGUUAGAGCGGAAAGGAAUGUACUUGCAGAAGUUGCAAGUGAGUGCAUUGUGAAGCUGUAUUACUCUUUUCAAGAUGAUGAAUACUUAUAUCUAAUAAUGGAGUAUUUACCUGGUGGUGAUAUAAUGACUUUGCUUAUGAGAGAGGAAAUUUUGACCGAAACUAUGGCGAGAUUUUACAUUGCGCAAACUGUUUUGGCAAUAGAGUCUAUUCAUAAACACAAUUACAUUCAUCGAGACAUAAAACCUGACAACCUUCUAUUGGACAAAAAUGGUCAUAUGAAGCUCUCUGAUUUUGGUCUUUGCAAGCCACUUGACUGUUCUAAUUUAUCAUCUAUAAAUGAAAAUGAAGUUCUAGAUGAUGAGAACUUGAAUGAUACCAUGGACAUUGAUGGAUCCAACCCAAAUAAAAGAAAUGGAAGGCGCUGGAAAAGUCCCCUUGAACAACUUCAACAUUGGCAAAUGAAUCGGAGGAAGUUGGCAUUUUCCAUGGUUGGUACUCCGGACUAUAUUUCUCCCGAGGUGCUUCUAAAAAAAGGCUAUGGUGCAGAAUGUGACUGGUGGUCUCUUGGUGCUAUAUUGUAUGAGAUGCUUAUUGGUUAUCCUCCAUUUUAUUCUGAUGAUCCUAUAACAACAUGUAGAAAGAUUGUGCAUUGGAAAAAUCACUUAAAAUUUCCAGUUGAGAUAAGGUUGAGUCCAGAAGCAAGAGAUCUAAUAUGUAGGUUACUUGUUGAUGCUCCACAAAGGCUUGGUACUAAUGGAGCAUAUGAAAUUAAAACUCAUCCUUGGUUCAAAAAUGUUGAAUGGGAUAGGCUUUAUGAAAUGGAGGCAGCAUUUAUACCACAGGUCGAUGGAGAGCUUGACACUCAAAAUUUUAUGAAAUUUAAUGAGGUUGAAGCAGAACAACCAAAACCAACUAGAAGUGCAUCAGGACCGAUCAGAAAAAAGUUGUUAACUCCUCAAGAUCUCAGUUUUGUUGGCUAUACAUAUAAGAAUUUUGCUGCUGUUAAGGGAACACGCCAUUCUAUUGAUAUGUUGUCUUUGUCAACCCCACAGCGCACAUCAUCCAUUGACUCUACACAAAGUGAUACUGCAAUUGACUAUUCCACAUGAUAGCCAAGAGAUUCCGUAGUUGACUUUUUUUGCACUCUGGAAAAUGAGUGCCCUUCAGCAUGAAUAUGUGAACGUCUUUCUUCCAUGUAUAUAUGCUUUUUUUUGUAUAACAAAUAGAUUAAUCUUCUUCGAUGAUGAUGCAUGGUUAGCAUGUUUUAUUUGUCAACCGGGUUUACCACUGUUUCAUUACCAACGGCAUUAAUAUAAUGUACUUUAGUAUACGAGGAAUUUUUUGUUCAUGUAAUUUUAUAAAAAAAUUAAUCUUGGAUUAGAAA